AAACAUUCAAUCUCUUCAUUCAUUGACAGAACUUUUACUACAAAAUCUAAUCAAUCAGAUCUCGCCAUGGCUGCAGAAGAAUUCCAAGAGCCCGAGGUUGUAUUUUCCGACAACACCAGCGACUUUUUCGCCACGCAUCGUCACCAAGAAGACGAUGACGGCGGCGCCUACUUCGAUCAUCCAGCAGGAUUCUCCGUAAACUCCAGCGUUUCGACACGCAAGGAAAAGUCGAAGAAGAAGGUAGCUGCCAGUUCGCUUCCCGUCAACAUCCCACGUCAUCAUCGCGGCAGUGUUUUCGGCGGCGAUUUUGAGGAGGAAGACGAAGAAGAUAUGGAGGAAGGUGACAUGGUGCCGCCACACGUGAUAUUGGGGAGGAGAAUUGCCGGGAAAGCGGCGUUUUCCGUUUGCACCGGCAAUGGAAGGACGCUUAAAGGGAGGGAUUUGAGUCGUGUUCGGAAUUCCAUUCUUAGAAUGACUGGAUUUUUGGAAGCAUGAAGAAACCAUAAUCAAAUACUAGUCCAUUUCCAUUUCAAAAAUUGAGAAAUCAAGUGAAAAGAAAAGAAACACCCGGUUUCAUUUGUUAAUAUAUUAUCUGGGUUUCUUUUGUGUAAUUCCGUGCAAUGAUUAAACUCUGCAAAAUUCCAGCAGCGGCACCGCCAUUAUAAAGAGAUCAAAAAGGAAAACACAGUUGGAGAUUUUGUCAUGAAAUGGGACAGAAUCCCACAGGAACAGCUGGUUUGCACUUUGCAGAGAUGAUAACUGGCUUCAUCGGUCUAUUGUUAGAGAAAGAACCGAAAAGAAAACUCAUGCUAACUACUUCUCAUACAAUGUAUAUGUAUUGGCUUAUAGGAUUGCUCAAACACAUAAAAGAUGUAAAA